AUGGCGGCGCGGGGAGACGCGGCUUUGCCACCAGGAGAAGGUGCAGUGGUUGAUUGGUCAGGCCAGGGAUUGCAAAAAUUGGGUCCAAAUUUGUCCUGUGAUGCUGAUACACAUACUUUGAUUCUUGAUAAAAAUCAGAUUAUUAAAUUGGAAAAUCUUGAGAAAUGCCGAAGACUAGUACAGCUGUCAGUUGCCAAUAAUCGAUUGGUUCGGAUGAUGGGUGUGGCCAAAUUGACACAGCUUCGAGUGCUGAACCUGCCUCAUAAUAGUAUUGGCUAUGUGGAGGGGCUGAAGGAGCUAGUACACUUGGAAUGGCUGAAUUUGGCAGGAAAUAAUCUAAAGGCUAUAGACCAGAUCAGUAACUGCACAGCUCUGCAACACCUUGAUUUAUCAGACAAUAACAUAUCCCAACUAGGUGAUAUUUCUAAACUGAUAGCACUGAAGACUCUCCUGCUACAUGGAAAUAUCAUCACUUCUCUUAGAAUGGCUCCAGCUUGUCUACCUCGAAGCCUUGCUAUCCUUUCACUGGCAGAGAAUGAAAUACGAGACCUAAAUGAGAUUUCUUUCUUGGCAUCCCUCUCUGAGUUGGAACAGUUGUCAAUCAUGAACAAUCCCUGUGUGAUGGCCACACCUUCCAUUCCAGGCUUUGACUAUCGGCCAUACAUUGUCAGCUGGUGCUUAAACCUCAAAGUCCUAGAUGGAUAUGUGAUUUCUCAAAAGGAAAGUUUGAAAGCUGAGUGGCUUUACAGUCAAGGCAAGGGAAGAUCAUAUCGACCUGGUCAACACAUCCAGCUGGUCCAGUAUCUGGCAACUGUUUGUCCUCUUACUUCUACUCUGGGUCUUCAAACUGCAGAGGAUGCCAAGCUGGAGAAGAUAUUGAGCAAACAGAGGCUUCACCAGAGGCAGUUGAUGUGCCAAAAUCAAAAUGAAGAAUCUUUACCUUCUACUGUUAAUGAGACAGAAAAAGCCAUUGCAUCUGAACACUUGGAUCCACCUCCAGGGGGUCAAAUUGUUCUGGAAAGUGAACCUGUCAUUCAAGUAAAUUCUUGGGUUGGAGAAAGUGUUCAUGAGGAUCACUUGUAUGCUGUUAAGAGUAGCCUGGCAACCUCAGUACAGACUGCAAGGUUUUCUCGAAAUGACUUACACCUAGAAGACAUACAGACAGAUGAAGACAAGUUGAACUGUAGUCUUCUUUCUUCAGAGUCUACUUUUAUGCCUGUUGCCUCAGGAUUAUCUCCAGUGUCUCCUACUAUUGAACUGAGAUUACAUGGUAUAAACUUGGACCUGGAAGAUAAUGGCAUUGUGACUGAAUCUCUGAAAGAAAUGAAAAAACAGGAUGUGGAUAUGGAAGUAGAAAAGACUUUGUGGGUUUCAAAAGAGAGUUCUGUUAAAUUAGCAAAUGGUGAAGGAAACCCAGAGACCAAUGACAGAGUUGAAAUAUUACUUCAUCCUGAAUUGAGCACAGCAAGUGAUUUCUCCGGAGAUGGUAUUAGUCACUCUCCCACAGCUUUUCCUGGGACAGAUAGAUUCAGGCUUUUUAGUGCACAGCUUGUUAAUGAAGGUGCAUUGUCCCAAAUCAUUUCAGAAAAACUUCCCUGCAGACUUUUCCCUGAGGAAUCUGUUGCUUUGGAUAUAGAUUCUACCAUGCUCCGAAGAAUGAAUGAGGCAGCCACCAAGCUCCAGGCCUGUUGGAGGGGAUUUUAUAUCAGGAAUUACCAUCCUCGAGCCAAAGAAGUACGCUAUGAAAUACGAUUGAGAAGGAUGCAAGAGCACAUUGUUUACUUAACAGAUGAAAUGAGGAGAUUGAAAAAAGAAAGAGAUGAAGAGCAUAUUCAAAAGCUUGUGCAAGAAGAAGCUGUCAGAUUCCUUUGGAAUCAGGUAAGAUCGCUACAAGAUUGGCAGCAGACAGUGAACCAGCAACUCAGUUCUGCCUGGCAGUCUAGUGCUCCUGUAUCCAGUACCCUCUUAUCCUCCCAGUCUUCUCCAUUAUUUAUCUCAAGUCAGGAGCCCUCCUCAGCCAGUGCUUCUGACUGGUUUAUUUCAGAUGCUGAAGUUCCCCAGGAGAAAGUCUUACUUGAAUUUCCAGACUCUGGCUUUCACUCCUCCUUGGCAGAACAAGCUCACUUGCAGUAUUCAUUUGAUUCUGAAAAGAGUUCCAUGGGAGGGAGUGAGAGUUCUUUAAUGGGAAAUUCUUUAGAAACAGUUAGAUAUUUCAAAGAUACAGAUGCUGGGGAUACCAGUGAAGAACACAAUGAAUGGAGUAAAGAUAGCUCUAAUAAUGAACGAGAUAGUAGUCUUCUCGAACAGUAUUUAACUUCAGUUCAGCAGUUAGAAGAUGCUGAUGAGAGGACCAGUCUUGACGAUGGCAUAGAAGAUGGUAGCCUUCAAAUUACUUCAGCCCCAAGUUCAUGUUCCUUGUCUGACUCAGCUGCUGCUGCUGCUAAUAUAGCUGAUAACAAAGCUGCUCUCUUGCAAGAUGAAACCAGUCAGACACUGGACACUUGUAAAUCAAAUACAGAAGUCCAAGGUCAUCAAUCAGAAUGUGACUCUGCAUUUCAGGUGCUGCCCGUUGGUAUUGCUGUGUAGUGUAUCUGGUGCCAUGGAAAACUGAGGAGUUAUUUAAUUCUUUCUAAUUUUCAUUUGUCCUUAUAUUUUCUUUCAGGUGUGUGUGUGUAUUUUUUUUUAACUUCAUAAUUUAUAUAGAAUUUAUAUUUACAUCUAUUGUUUUCCAGAUUCCAAAUAUUUUAUUGAAGCUUCAUUUUGACAGCAUUUUGCUAAUCUUGUUCAAAUACUCAGCUAUAUGAUGCUGAAUAAUAUUUAUAUUAAAAGCUACAUGCACUUUAUUUCUUAAUAAUUGAACUGUAUCAAAAUAACUUUUUCUUUCAUGAAAUGUACAAAGAUUAUGUUUUCCUCCAAAGAGAAUUAAACUAAAGCAUCUUCAAAUUUAGAAAAUUUUAUCUAAAUGGUAAUUGCAUUAUUUUAGAGAACUUUGGUUCUUUUUUGUUAAUGGGGAAAAUAAUUACAUAAUACAUUCUAUAUAAAAAGAAAUCCAAUGCAAUGAACCAGUAUAUGCAGAACAGUGAGCUGUUGAGAGGGGAACAAAAGCUGGCUGCUUCUCUUUCUGACAGUAGCAGGAAGAUACUAGCCUUGCUUUGUUUUUUCUCCUUUUGAGUCAAGGGAAAACUUUGCAUACAGAUCCAGUAGGACAUAAUGAAACUAUAGAACUUCUUUAGUAAAGAUGAUUAAUUGCCUUAAGAAACAGAUCUUUAAUGAUUAUCAAAAUAUCCUUAAAAGAACAUGAUCUUCAAUAAUGAAGUGUUUCAUCCAGCCCUGUAGCUCAGCUUAGUUAACAGAAGCAAUAAUAGAAACCCUUCUCCAGAAGGAAGAAAGCAAGCAAACACAAAGAUCAAUCCAUUUGUUAAUAACACCACUGUAUGUGUUAUUCUUUGAUUUAAAAACAUAAUAUAAUGAGGUUUAUAUUUAUUUUUAACCUCUCUUGGCCUGUCUCCCAAUUGUGUAUCUUUUUCAAUAUUUUAAAUACUGGCUUCCACUUAUAUUGCCCUUUACAACGCACUUUCCUCACAUUGACCUCAUUUAAAAAUUUUGUUUUUUAUCCCCAGUAUAGUGCCUUGCAUGUAGUAGGAAGUUAGUAAAUGCUGUUUGGAUUUGGAGCUAGUAAAAAUAUUAUUAAAGUCAUUUUAUUUUAUUUUGUUUGAAAAUACUUAAUACUUUUUAAUAUCAUAAUUUCAUUCUUGCUACCUUGCCCCCUAGCAUAGCUCUUUCUUAUAGAAAAUAAGUACAGCCAAAUCAACAUUGUCCACAACUUCGAAUUUUGUUCUGUACCCAUUGCCUUUUCUAUGAGAAGCUUAAGGCACGCUUCAUAUUUAUCCCCUGAAGUCACCGUUUAUCAGAAUUCUGAAGCCUUUCAAAUUAUCUUCACAUAAUGUAUAAACCUUUUUGUGAAAUCUGUUUCUUUAAACCAUUUACCCAUGGUCACACAGCUAGUAGGGAUGAAAGCUGGGACCCAAAAGUAGGUAUUCUGACUCCAAAUAUUUCAUUUUUUAAAAAAAAUAUUGUACCAUACUGCUUCACCUUUAUUUAACUAAGGAAAAUUAUCCCCCUUUUCUUGAGGACUGGAGGAGAAGGGAGGAAUUAGUAUUUAGAUUUGGCUAUGGGAUGUAGAUGAAUGAUCCAUACACCUUCCCUUUUAAAUUUUGUUCUGAGAUAAGGCAUGUACAGACGUGAAGGUAUAUACUAAUUGAAGAACUUAAGGGUUUUUUUGGUGGGGAGGGAGGGAAUAAUUCCCAAUUAGAGCUUUUAAAAAAUCCCACAUUUUAGAGAGUAAUUGGUAAUGGUAGUAGUGGUGGGGAAACCAUCUCUUUUGCCUUUUAUUUGGUUAGAAAGUACCCCACAUGUACAAAGAAAAUAUUUUGUUUUGAAGUCAUCAAAUGUAGAUCCAAAAAUCAAAACAAGCAUAAUCUAACUUUGGAGAAAUAUUUUAACUAUUACAAAGCCAUCAACAAAUGUUCUAAAAUUUUUUAACCAUAAGUACAUAGAAUUAUGGUAUCAGUAGAAUGUUUUGAUUCAUUUCUAUUUAACAACCAUUUAUUAAGCAUCUGCUAAUGUGUGUAAGGCCCUAGAAAUACAAAACCAAAAAUGAAUCAAUUUCUAUCCCCCUCUCACAUUUUACAUUCUAUUGGGAGAGUAAAUUAAUACAAAGUACAUAAAGAGUACUAAUAACUUGAGGACAGGAGGAGCCUCACAUAGUUGGAGGUACCUGAACUCUGAUAGAGAUAAUUCCUAAUCAUAAUCCUAGAAUUAUAAUUAUUUAAAACUCUGACAUCAUUCAAAUAAUCUGAAAUUUAAGUUAAAAGUUAGAGACCUGUUUGUCAGUCCCUGUAACUCAUUGGGAAUCCAUUCUCUAAAGUUAUAUAAAACACUGAAAUCUUCCAGAAUACAGUUAUCAUUAAUAAUAUUGGUGCUGGAAUUAUUUUUUCUGUGUUCAUGAAUAAAUAGCAUUCAGGUUAAGAAUUCUUUGGAUCUAGAAUGUUUUGCUAAGGAAAAUUUCUGUCUGAUUUUUUUUUUUUUGACUGUCUUAUCUGAAAGUGAACACAGUGAUGACGUAUUUGUAGUCAUUAAGUGGAUUUAUUACAUAGCUUUUUGUUUCCUCUAGUAAUAACAUGCUUUAUUAGUCACUUGUGAAACAAUAGUUGCAACAUUUUCAAUUUUUGGAUAAUGCCAUUUUUUAAAAUGGACCAUUUUAGAUUUCUUCUUAAAUGCACCCUAUUUUUCUAUUUUUACAAUUAAGUGCCUAAUUUUUUCACCAGGAAUUAGACAAAGAAAAACUACCCUGUGUUGCCCUAGUGCCAAAGUCCCAUUUCUCAUUACAUUAAAGUUUUCCAUGAAAGCUGCUAAAAUUUCCUAGUUCAGUAUUACUUAAUCAGACUUUAUCUUACAUCUUUUUCUUUUUCCUUUGCUGAGCUCAUUUGUGCACUAACGUUUAUUUGUAUUAUUUUCUUUUUUUAGACAUGUAAAUUUUAUUACUCAUAAUUAACCUGCAAAGGAAUUUUAAUUUUAUGAAGAUGUAGCAAAAUACCAUAUCAACCAAUAUUUUCAUUUCUUUUUUACCUUUACUAAAGUUUUGAAUUCAAGAAUAUUAAAACAUCCCUUCCUCAUCUCCUUUUAGGUUUUUACAGUUUAUCUUGUGUGUCGUUGAGAUUAAAAAUCAUUUAAAGUUAUAAUGGAGGUAAUGUAUGAACCAGGCUUAUUAUAUCCUGAGGAUUUAAAAUAGUUAAAAACUAAUUUAUAUAAAUUUUUUGGUUUCAAAGUCACAAAGUGUAAAAUAGCACAUUGGAUUAAGAAGCUAGUGUAGUUUAACAAGAUUUGGUAGUUGACAGAAAAGGAUGUGUAUGAGAAUUUGUGCUUUGAAUGUGAACUUGUUCUAAAGUAUUUUAGUCAAGAAUAGGGGCAAUUGAACAAUAGUGCUUCACUUCACUUAAAAUUUUUUCCAUUGUAGAAUUAUUCAGAUUUAGUACAUUUUCAUUAGAAACAAUUGCAAACAAAUGAGCUUGUUGGAUUUUAGUUAAAAAUUUUUAUAUAAAAAAUUUUGUACUUUAUAGCAAUGCAUAGACAGAAGGUUUCCCUGUGUUUAUUUUUCUGUCUUUGAAAGGAAAACACUUCUGCCAUUAAAGAUAGAGCAGUCAUUAAAAAAUAAAAAAAAAGUAAAAGUUUUGCAAAGGAUCCUUUUAUACGUCAAGGAUCUGUAAUUUCAUCAGUAUGAAUAGGUAUUCCCUUUCCCAAUUAAGAUCUCUCCACAUCUUAAUAAACAGUUUCAUAAAUUGCAAAGGCCAAAAUAUCCUUUAAUUGUCAGCUCUUUGAACUUAGUUAGCUAUGUUAGUUUUUGGAUGGAAUACAUUGCUGGGCUUGUACUAGAAACUUUUACAGCUUGAUGAAGGGCCUCUUAGAGUUUAUAGCUUAGGUUUUGAGAACCCAGGGUCUUCUUGGUACCAUGAUGAGAUAUAAUUGCACCUUAAUCAAAGAACAUUUAUAAUAGAAAGUGGCAUGUUGCUAAUCAGAAUAAAGAUCUAGUAUAUCUUUGAAUUUGAUCAAAUCUCAAGGUUUACUGAGCCAACUAGGUAUGAAUGUCCAAACCAUACUAAUUAUUAUAGAAAGCACUUGUCAGGCUAGUAAACAAAUAUGUAAGCUAGUUUGAUUUUGUAUAUUUGAUUACUAAAAACUUCAUGCAUGCUACAGGUAGAAAUGUACAUAAUUGAUGACAAAACUGUUCUUGUUGUAUGCAGAUAAUUUUUUUCCUCGAAUAAUGUAGAUAUCACUGAUCUUGCAAAUUGUACUAUUUUAAAAUGGGGUUGGGGGUGGUGGUGGUAUUUUUGUUAUAAUAACAAAACUAUCUGUGGUGGUGUGUUUCUAUGUACUCUAUUUAAUUCCAAAUCUUAUUCCUAUUUUUGUCAAUGUUUUCAGGAACUAGCCUUAAGUAAUUGUCUAAUUCCUGAUGGUUCAUUCUGAUAUUUAUGUAGUUGUAAUUAGGGAACAUUAAAUACCACAGUACUUUAGGUUAAGAUAGGGAAGGACUAAAGCUAUACCAUAUUAAAAAAAGAAAUGCUUUAACUACAGCAAAAUGGAUAAAGGAUGAAAAUAUGGGAGAAAGUAUACCUAAGAAAUGGAUACAGCAUGAAAAAAGAUUAAUGACUCAUUCAUAAACCAAGUAGAAAGAUGGUUUGCCUAAGAUAUGGGUUUUCUAUUUUGAUGAGUAUACAAAUUUGCUAUACUGUGUUCCUUUCUCAUUCAUUUCAAUGUAAAGUUUAUACUACUUUCCCAUGGAAUUAAACAGAAAAUUUAGUCAAAAAACACUCUAAAAGUUUUCCAAGUUUGUUUUCUAAGAUGGAACCUAUCGUGCCAUAUUAAAAUUUCAUAAACAGAGUAAAUGACAGUUUAAAAAAAGUAAAUGAUAGCCUUGAAGAGUAUUGUAUUGAAUUAUAUUUUCCCAAAAAUUAGGUGCUUUUUAACCUUGUGUAUUAUUCUGAAUCCAUUUCACUCCCAUUGAUUAUUGUAGAUGUAUGCUAUGGUAGCUUUGUUCAUUUUACAAUUCCAUUUUUUUGUUUUCUAGGAGAGAAGUAGUGUUUUAUAUGGAUAAGAGUUUUAAAAAUUAAUUUGUGGUUUAUUUUUAGGUUGUCUCUAAAACCUGUAGAAAAAUUGUGUGUCUAAAGUAAUUAAAAUGUGUAUUUUUUUUUAAAUGGUUGCUGACUUUAAAAAUUGUGCUUACAUGUUUAGUUUAUACUUUCUGAGUUUCUAAGUAUAAAUAAAUUAUUUGUAUCCUU